AUGGCAUCUGACAUGGAGAAGCUGGAGACCCUGCUGGCCUUGGAACGGGAGGAAAUAAUAUCAAAAUAUGAGCAGGGUCGCCAGGCAGGGUCUCCAGUGGAACCAGGGGAAGAUGCUGACCUCUCGCUGUACAGAGUCGCUGACAGGCUCGGCUUUUUGCCGUGAGAAGCCAGGCCAGGCCACAGUGCAGGGAGAGAGAAGAAGAUAGCCCAGGAGAUCAGGCGCGCCGACAAGUGGGUGAAGAUGCUGAGGGAGUGGAGGAAAUACCGGGGCAGCGAGAAGAUGCGCCGGCGGGUCUUCAAGGGAGUCCCCCCGCAGGUGAGGGGUCAGGUGUGGUCUCUCCUGUUAGACCUGGAGAAGCUGAAGGCGGACAACAAGGGGAAAUACCAGAGGAUGAAGGAGCAGGCCCGGCUGCACUCACAAGAUAUAAAACAGAUAGACCUGGACGUCAACCGCACCUUCAGGAACCACAUCAUGUUCAGGGAGCGCUAUGGCAUCAAGCAGCAAGCCCUGUUUCAUGUGCUGGCGGCCUACUCAGUAUACGACACCGAGGUGGGCUACUGCCAGGGCAUGAACCAGGUCGUGGGCAUCUUGCUCAUGUUUUUGGGGGAGGAGGACGCCUUCUGGGCGCUGGUCCGGCUAAUGACGGACAAGGAGCACGCCAUGCAUGGCUUCUUCAUCCCGGGGUUCCCGAAGUUGCUCAGAUUCCAGGCCCACCACGAGCGCAUUCUGGACCGCAUGCUCCCCAAGCUGAAGCGACACCUGGAUGAGGAGCUGAUGUCUUCGGGGAUUUAUACCCCCAAGUGGUUCCUGCAGUGCUUCAUCGACCGGACCCCCUUCGCACUCACCCUGAAGCUGUGGGAUGCCUACAUCAUGGAGGGCGAGCGCGUGCUCACGGCCAUGGCCUACACGGUCCUCAAGCUCCAUAAAAAACGCCUUCUGCAGCUGCCCCUGGAAGGCCUGCAGGAGUUCCUGCAGGACACGCUGUCCCGGGCCUGGGACCUAGAGGACCAGAAGGUUCUUAGGGAGCUGCAGGCCUCGAUGGCCGAGCUGAGGAGGAGGAAAUGGGACCUGCCUCCCCCAGCAAAACCAGGGGAGUUCCCCACAAGGACCCUGGGCCUGGAGCGACCGGCCCCGGCCCCCAGGUCUCUCCCCACCCCUCCCAGCAUGGAGACGCUCCCUGGAGAGGACGGGCUGGCCCUCCCUGGCCCACCUGCCCAGCACGAGCAGCCCGGCCCCUCGCCCAGCCCGGCCACCCCGAAGGCCGAGGAGCAGCAGCAGGAGGAGGGGGCCGCGGCCACAGGCCUCCCUCUGGGGGCCCCGGAGCCUCCACAUCUGGCCCUGCUGCCCCCAGCCCAGGACAGCCCUCAGGAUCAGCUGCGGCCACGGCGAUGGCGGUCCCUCCCAGACAUGAGGGAAAACAACUUGAAGGCGGACUGCUGGGUGCCUUCUCCAUCAGCACCUGCCUGGGCCUCCCCCAGGCCCCACGACAGGCCUGGCCCUGCAAGCCCACGGAGGCCCCAGCCACCGGCUCUGCCCGGCCCACAGAAGACAGUGUCCCCAGGCUCAGGACGCCCCACCUGCCCGUGGCACCUGCAGCCAGCGGCCCUCCUGGGCAGUGACCGGCACGGCCACGACGGAGCAGGGACAGUGCCUCAAGAGCUGCCCCUAGUCCCCACACGUCCCCACGACCCCGACCUCUGCGGCCACGGGGACGCUGAACACCACGACGUGCUGCUUCCUGCCGGCCUCCCUGGAGACGGGGCCCCCCCUGCGCACAGCACACGUCCCUGA